CGCAUUAUUGGCUCCGCCCACAAUGCGAAGCAGACAAGGGAACCUCCGAGACAAGAGGAGCAAAAGCUCUACUAAAUUAAACUGACAUUACACGGAGGAUUAUUUCACUCUGAGGACACCGAUUCAGCGGCUCGUUUUGACUCGAGAUUUUUUCAAGAAGACGAAAUUCGACAGCGAUUCUGAGAGCUGUACUUUCCAGCCAUUGUCCUCGUCGGGGAAAAAGCGACGCCCUCAGGCCGCCGCUGGUACUGCAGGUGCCGGUGAGUUGUAAGGCACCGGGAGUCUGAAUAAUUUAACGGUGGAAAAUGAGCUCGGAGGAGGCGGCAGCUCCAACUAAAACCAGCACAGAUGACGAUGGCAUGUCCUGGUGGUACCGCUGGAUCUGCAAACUGGCCGGUGUCUUGGGUGGCAUAUCAUGUGCAUCAAUGGGCGUCUGGAACUGCGUGACUGUGAAUCCGUUAAACAUCGCGGCUGGAGUCUGGAUGGUGUUGACGGCGUUUGUGUUGUUCCUGUGUGAGGUGCCCUUCUGCUGUCAGUUCGUUGAGUUUGCGAAUGCUAUAGCGGCGCGUGCGGACCGUCUGAAGCCCUGGCAGAAAGCUCUGUUUUACUGCGGGAUGGCGCUGUUUCCCGUCUUUCUGAGUUUUUCCAUCACUACUCUGUUUGGUAACGCCAUCGCUUUUGCUACAGGAGUGCUGUACGGACUCGCAUCCCUUGGAAAGAAAGGAGAGGUGAGCUACGCCCGAUUGCAGCACCAAAAACAGGGCGACGAAGAGAAACUGACAGACACUUCAGUGCCCUGAAGCUCCUCUCUUCACCUCCUCUACCUCCGUUACGUCCUUUCCCUCUCUUUUUCCCUUCACGUAACUAGAGGUUUUACCUGUCACAGUUUGUUGGGAUGUAUUUAAGCUAACCUUUGACCUCUGACAGCGUGAGUCAGUCAGCACCAAUCAGUUCUCUGGUUGUUUGUGUAGGAUUUAUUUAAUAAAAUAGGUUUUAAGUGAAUUGUUUCAAUUGCGCUCUCAUGCACAUUUAAGUAUUUAUUUUAUUUCAUCCUUCUUUAUAAAAACUGACGUAUUUUAUGUUUCACUUUACAAAACCCGAAGCUGGGGUGCAAAUUAACUUCAGCUACUCGACACCAGCGCAGGGAACUGGAAUUUUUGGCCAUUGGGAUUUUCUCCCAGAAUUCUUUCUUCUGAAACAUUUGUGACAAGUAAAUCUUUUAAAAGAACAAACAAACUUGUGUUUUAAUGUGUGGGCAUGGUUAAAAAAAAAAGAAAAGAAACGUGUUUCAUUGAUUUCACGGCCUCUGCAGGGAUUAAAACAAAGUGUUUUUGUGUGUUUUUGUACCUCUAACAGGCCUUUACCCAGAAUCCUUUGCUGCAGCAUGUUUGGUGUUCAUAAGAAACGCUGGAAUGUAAUUUUGCUAUGCGCUGCUCUAAAAUCUCACAGUCACUUUCUUUAUUUGAUAUCUGGUGAAAGAGUGUCUUUGAGAGUCUGAUCUGCGCUCGUUAAUCAGGUUGGAUGCCAUGUCGAAUUUAACACGGAUGAAAACGAGGCUGUGAGGGACAGACUUUUACACUCUUUACAACAGCAAGCACUGUAUAAAAGUCCUAAAUCAUCAAUAUUUAAUCAGCGGAACAAAGUAAAUCUACUGAACGCUGUACUUCAGUCCCUCACAGCCUCAUUUUCAUUCCUGUCAGAAAUGAAAUAUGACGCUGCCCUGACUGAAGUCUGUUUAAAAGCUCGUGUGAGUGUUUUUCUGAUUGAUGAGGUGCAUUUCAAGCGGUUUAACGUUAGCUUCCGUCUUCAGGAACUUGUGUGUGUUUCUGUCUUUCCUCUCAAGCCACGCGUCUCUCGCUGCACUGAAGAAGGGCUUCUUUUCUGGAAUAAAAGUGACGUGUUUGCUUGUUUCUGCAUCUUUCUGAGCCAGUCUCAGCACUGAGUGCUGGUAUGAAAGCCAAAGGUACAAACUACAAGAUAAAAGAACUAGAGUGUCGAGGUCAGAGGUCAUGUUCUUACCUUAGUGUUUACACUGUUACUGCCUUUUGUCUUUAAAGGGUGAAUUUCAUUAAAUCUGUCAAGUACGUCUGGAUCAUAUUUCACCCAUAAAUCCUUUUUUUUUUCAUGACAAUUAAGCACAUUUAUUUCAGUUUAAAUACAACAAUUGUACUACAGGAAUAAAACUAUGAGAAUUUAAAUAAAUCAUGGUUGGAAUGUUAAAAUCAUUUGCUUAAUUGUCAUUACGCUGAAAUGCAGAAAUGAAAAUGCAUUUUCAAAAUGUAAAAUAAACAUGAAUUUUUUCUUUUGGUUUUAGGGUGAAAUGUAUGGAAGCCCGUUUCCACUACAGAAUGAAAAGAUAAAAAGGGUAAUUGCUUUUUUUUUUCUCACAAUUCGGAGUUCAGACUUUUUUGCGGGUCAGAAUUGUAAGAAUUGCGAGGUAUAAACUUGCAAUUAUGAGAAAAAAGUCACAAUUAUGAGAUAUAAAACUCAGUUGUGAGAUAUAAGUCACAAUUGCCUUUACCAUUUUUUAUUCUGUGGC